AUGGGCCGUUGGGGAAUGCGCCUUUUUGAGGGGGAUGCGGACCUUGAUAUCGCAAUCGCGAUCAACGAAACCUUCGACCUGAAUUUAGACUUAUCCAAGAUGGUUCACCAAACGGAUAUGUUGUGUCCCGCAUUAAUGCGCCUCUACUACCUGACUCCCGAGUACGCUGAGAUGCUUUCGGAACUCGUAACCGAUAUGCGCGCCAAACUCGAUACCGAUGACUUAGGGCAUAGGGUGUUCGCAUAUUGGCGUUCAAAGGAGACUGAAGUAGGUGGCGAAUACCGCGUUAUCAUAGUAGGCGCGUUACUAAUGCGCGCUGGUGCUAAAAUGGAAGAGUAA